GGUGCGGCUUUUUUCAGCCAAAGCAAAGGCGAGUGUGAAACCUUAAAUAUUCUCUUUGAAGGCUUGAUUCUAACAUUCUGGACUGUGAGAGAGCGCUGUCAGGAUCCUGGGCAAAGGCAGAGCUACUAUGAAGCAAACACCGACUGUAAGGAUGCACAAUCCGAGACAAAGGCAAGUCCUGGCUUUCUUCGUUUUUCUGAAUGUGUCUUGGGCAAGCACGGAGCUGGGUCCCUAUUCCAUAGAGGAAGAAACGGAGAGGGGCUCCCUUGUGGCAAAUCUUGGGAAAGGUCUGGGGGUGGAACUGGCAGAGAUAGCCACGCGCCGGGCUCGGGUCAUUUCCCAGGAAACCAAAGAGUAUUUGCAGCUCAACGUUCAGUCUGGAGAUUUGCUCGUAAAUGAGAAACUAGACCGAGAGGAGCUAUGUGGUCCCACUGAGCCUUGUGUCCUACACUUCCAAGUGUUAAUGGAAAACCCUCUAGAGGUCUUCCAGGCUGAGCUGAGGGUGAAGGACAUAAACGACCAUUCUCCAGUGUUCAGUGAAAGAGAAAUGAUCCUGAGGAUACCAGAAAACAGUCCGCUGGAAACUACAUUCCCCUUAAAUAAUGCUCUGGACUCAGACGUAGAAACCAACAAUAUCCAGAGCUACAAGCUCAGCUCAAACUCUCAUUUCCUGGUGGUAACCCGCAACCGCAGUGACGGCAGGAAGUACCCAGAGCUGGUGCUCAAGAAGGAAGUGGAUCGGGAGAGGGAGCCCGAGCUGAGGUUAACCCUGACAGCUUUGGAUGGCGGCUCUCCUCCCCGGUCUGGGAUGGCACGGGUUCUCAUUGAAGUCGUGGACAUCAACGAUAACGCGCCCGAGUUUCAGCAGCCGCUGUACCAAGUGCGAAUCCCCGAGGACAGCCCCUCGGGCUCCCUGGUAGUCACAGUCUCUGCCAAUGACUUAGACAGUGGAGAGAACGGGAAAGUACUGUACGCGCUCUCCCAGCCUGCAGAAGAUGUCAGCAGAACGUUAGAAGUAAAUCCUGUGACCGGGGAGAUUCGGCUACGAAAAGAAGUCGAUUUUGAAACGACUCCCUCUUUUGAAGUGGAUGUCAAGGCCACCGAUGGGGGAGGGCUCUCAGGAAAAUGCACUCUGCUCCUGCAGGUGGUGGAUGUGAACGACAACCCUCCAGAAGUGAUGGUAUCGGCGCUUACCAGCCCAGUGCCAGAAAACUCCCCUGAUGAAGUAGUUGCUGUUUUUACUGUUCGAGAUCCUGACUCAGGGAACAAUGGAAAGGUGAUUUCCUCCAUCCAGGAAGACCUUCCCUUUCUUCUAAAACCUUCUGGAAAGAAUUUUUACAGUUUAGUAACAAAAAGAGCGCUAGACAGGGAAGAAAGAGCACAAUACAACAUCACCAUCUCCGUCUCCGACAUGGGCUCACCCAGGCUCACAACCCAGCACACCAUAGCAGUGCAGGUGUCCGACAUCAACGACAACGCCCCCGCCUUCACCCAAUCCUCCUACACCCUGUCUGUCCGCGAGAACAACAGCCCCGCCCUGCACAUAGGCACCAUCAGAGCCACAGACUCGGACUCUGGCUCCAACGCCCACAUCACCUACUCGCUGCUGCCACCCCAGGACCCGCAGCUGGCCCUGGACUCGCUCAUCUCCAUCAACGCUGACAAUGGGCAGCUAUUUGUGCUCAGAGCGCUGGACUAUGAGGCCCUGCAGAGCUUUGAGUUCCUCGUGGAAGCUGUAGAUCAAGGCUCUCCAGCUCUCAGCAGCCAGGCGCUG